AUGCCUGUCCUAGACGUUAGCGAGCUCAACAUUGUGCUGAGCAUUUUGGGCGCGUUCAUCAUCUUUUAUGGCAUCAUAUCUGUCAAGAUCAAGCAAGUAUGGUAUCUCGGAGAAGCUAUACCUGCCGUUACACUAGGUAUUCUCCUGGGUCCAAUCGCGGCCAAGUUCCUGGAUAGCGAGCGAUGGGGUUCUGCAGCCAAGGAUCAAACCGGUGCAAUCACUCUCGGAGUCAUGCGUGUUAUGAUUGGUCUUCAGCUGGUUAUUGUUGGAUACCAACUUCCAGCAAAGUACAACUGGACUCGCAUCAAGGAGCUGACCAUAUGCUUGCUUCCCGUCAUGACCAUCAUGUGGCUGUGUACCACAGUUUGUGUCAUUGCCAGCGUGCCAAAACUAACUUUUCUGGCUGCCCUCGUUAUUGGGUCAUGUGUUACUUGCACCGAUCCCAUCUUGUCCCAGGCGAUCGCCAAAGGCCCAUUUGCUGAUAAGUUUGUCGCCCGUCCGCUUCGAGAAAUCAUUUCUUCAGAAGCGGGAGCCAACGACGGCUUCGGCUUCCCGUUCCUCAUGCUUGCCGUCUACCUUAUCCGUCACGCCGAUCUCACGGGACUAAAGACAAGAGCAGAAGAGGAAGCUGGUGGCGCCGCUCACGGCGAACUUGUCGGUCGAUUGGGUGGCGGUCCCGGCGAGGCCCUCAAGAACUGGUUUGUUGAAACCUGGCUAUACAUCGUUGUCUUAUCGAUUGUAUAUGGUGCAGUCGUAGGAUUUGCGGCUUGCAAAAGCAUCAGGUUUGCUCUGCGCAAGAAAUGGAUCGACAGCGAGUCCUACGUCCUAUUUCCAGCUGCGAUCGGUAUGUUCAUCGUCGGUACUUGCGGUGCCCUUGGAACCGAUGAUUUGCUCGCCUGUUUCGUUGCCGGAAACGCCCUCAACUGGGACGGUGAAUAUCUCGCUGAAACUGAGCGCCGACACGACGAGGUCAACAACACGUUUGAUGUGCUGCUCAACUUUGGCGGAUUUAUGCUCAUCGGCACCAUCAUGCCUUGGUCCAAGUUCAACGAUCCCGACGGAACCGGCCUAACAUACCCAAGACUCUUCCUCCUGGGCUUCUUGGUCCUCAUUUUCCGCCGAAUCCCAUCCAUCCUCGCUUUAUACAAGAUCAUGCCAGCUGUCUGCACCAACUAUAAAGAAGCGCUCUUCAUGGGCUACUUUGGUCCCAUCGGAGCUGGUGCUGUCUUCUAUGUGGAACAUGCUCGACACUUGUUCCCUGAACUUGGAAAGGGUGAUGAAGAGGAGACAAACCUGGUCAAGGCCAUGAUUCCGGUCGUAUACUGGCUCGUCUUGUUCUCCAUCUUUGUACACGGUCUCUCCAUCCCGGCUUUGAAUAUGAUUUAUAACUACAUGGGCGUCAAGCCCAUCAAGGAUGAUUCAGUUGAGAUGCGGAGACGCUCGGUUAGCGCCGCUCUGCCCGCAAACGCUGUGGCUGGUGAUGUUGAUACCUACAUCGCCUACAACCGCUUCAGUCGCCCCAACUUUCAGAGCUACACGCUUCCCAGAAACGGUGAGCCUCCAGGUACCGUGCAGUUCCAGCUCGAAACCUUGGAGAGAAUGGAUACCAUCGAUCGUGAGAAGGAAAGGGAGCGUCGUCGUACCAUUCGCUAUGCGGAGUAA